CCAUUCUCUGUCCCUCACGGUCCUCUCGGGCUGCCGCUGCCCGUCCCCCUGUCCCUGCUCGGCCCACUCCGGACCCGGAAGCCCUGAGGCGCCUCGAGGAGGGGGCCCGCGUUCUGCCCUUGCCACCGCAGCCAAGGGAACGGGCCGCGCUUCCCGGAGCCGGGGGGAAAGUCCCGAGAAGCAGCUCACCCUCCUCCUCGAGGUAGGAGGAGGCACCGCCCUGCCCGGGGAGGGGCGGCCGAGCCGCUUCCCGGCACUGACCGGGGGGGCCAGCGCGUCCCGGCGUGCGGGGAACCGGCUAACCCCGGCCGUGAGGGAGCUCCCGGCGGCUGCAGGAUGCUAUGGCUUAACUACAGCAUAAAAGUUGCUGAUUUGACUUGAGCAAAAAAUUACCUAGAUGAGGUACCUCGUGGGAUGAGGAUGCUGCACCUGCCAGAGGACUUCAGGGAUCAUGUAAACCAGCUUUUAGCUCUGAAGGAGAAAUACUCUGUCUGGAGAUAUUUAUUUAAAAUAUUCACAGCCGUAAGGAAAUUUCAUUUUCUCAAAGCCUUUUGCAGGAAAAGGUGGACUAAUGAUGAAUCACUUCAUGAUUCUGGCACUACUGCUUCCCCUGAGGACAUGCUACACUACAUACUCACAGCAAGAAUCCAAUGUGUUUCCAGUAACAUACCUUAACGUUUCCAAGGAUUUGGAUCUUCAGCGGCUGUUGGUGGAAUGGGAUGUUGUCAAGUCAGCACAUGAUGCUGAGCUGGCAAUAUCUUUUGAGAUACAAGUCCGUCGACUCGAUGAAGCUACAAUGGUGUGGACAGAGUUUCAUAAUGUCACACUUGAUAAAUUGGGAAAACCUCUUCAUUGGUCGUGGGAUUCAGACAUACCUUUGGAGUGUAUGUCACAUGCUGUGAGAAUUAGGAGCAAGGCAAAAUCAUCAAAAAUCUGGAGUCAGUGGAGUUUGUGGGAGACUGUCCCGGGCCUGGACACUUCAAAUAGAAGUGGGCCACAAAUCUUUCCAAAAGAAAAAUUUUUAGCAGAAGGCUCUGAUAUCACUCUUUGCUGCAUAGGAGGGAAAGGUCAAACCAUUAAGGAGUUCUCUGUAUACCCAACUGUUGAUGUUUUCAAGUACACGAACAGUCAAGUCAGACUUCUCACUGUGGAAAAUCUAUCACAUGACAAAGGGUCUAACAUACAUGUCUACUGUUACGAUGAAGAUGAGCGGUUGUAUCAGGCAGCUUUCUUUGUGGGUAAACCACCUGAUACACCUAAAGAUUUUUACUGCCAAACUCAAGACAUGAAAAAAGUAACAUGUACUUGGACAGAAGGAGAGACCUAUCUCUACGGACAGAAUUUACCACGAUACACCUUGUCUAAAACGUCAUCCCGGAAAACACCUCUGUGCAAAGCAAGUUGUUCUAAGCAGUGCUCCUGCUCUUGGGAUAUAGGCCAGCAGUGGAUCUGGAAUGUCACAGUGACUGUGGAAAACCCACUGGGAAAGAAAACUGUUGCAGAUGUUUUUGAUGUAAAUCACAGAAUUUAUCCCACUGCACCUUUCCAGGUUUGGGAAGAUUGCACAGAUACAGAAAUUACAUUACACUGGAAUUAUGAAAACUAUGAAAUUGACCUCUUUUGUCAGACUGAAGUGCUCCAACCUGAUGGCAAAGUAGAACUGCACAACAGCUCUGAGGUGGACUCAAAGCGUGUCACGGUGCGUGGGCUGCAGCCGUACACUGAGUACACGGCCAGGGUGCGCUGCGGGGCGGCCAAGCACUUCUGGAGGUGGAGUGAGUGGAGCCAACCCCUGACCACCAGAACAAAGGAAGGAACUCCAUCAGGGAAACUGGACAUAUGGAGAGAAAUUACACCAGUUCUGGGGGGACGAAAUGUGACCUUGUUCUGGAAGCAAACACCAAGUUUUCAAGCAAAUGGAAAAAUAAUUUCCUAUGAAGUAACCUGGGAAAAAAUAGAAGAUGGUUCCAAGCCUGAAAGCAUCUCCUUUUCUUCAGUCUACAACAGCACAAGGAUUUUCAUUGAUAACCAUUCCUAUAGAAUCAGUAUCAUGGCAAAGAACAAUGUUAAUUUUUCAUUUCCUUCAGUAUUGAUCAUCUCUAGAGCUACAGAUAACAGCACCAAAAAGCUUAAGGAAGGACAGGUUAAUGGCACAGAUGAUGGCAUUUUUAUCUCGUGGGAGCCCAGAAGUAUAUAUGACAGUUACAUUAUUGAUUGGUGUAACUUUCCCAAGUUGCAGCCUUGUGAUUUGCUGUGGAAGAGAUUUGGACCAAACACUUCCAGUGCUGUGAUCAGCUCAGCUGCUUUUGUUCCUGGGGUGAGAUACAAAUUCCGCAUCUAUGGCUCUGUUGCUAAUAGAGCCUCCUUACUGGAAAAGAAGAUUGGUUAUCUCAGGGAGCUGCCUCCUCGUCUUGACCCUAUUGUGAGAAAAGUUGACCUAAGUUACAAUUCAGUAACACUGUCUUGGGAUUCUUAUCUCACAAAUGAGUCAGAGCCUGGUUUUGUAAGAGGCUACAAUGUUUAUGUGUCACCUGUAGAAGGGAACUGCAACCUGAAAGGAUCUAAAAAGCACAUUCUUUCAGAUGAAUCAGAGCUAUGUAAAUACACGAUUGAAAACCCAGAAGAAAAGAGAUACACCGUGAAACACCUGAUGCCAAACACAAAAUACAAAAUAGUGGUUAAAGCGUUUACAGGUGGAGGAGAGACUCCCAUUGUUAACUUUAGAUACAUAGAUACACCAUAUAAUUCAAACAUGCUGUACUUUGUUGCUGUGCUAGUGAUAGUUCCAGCCCUCGUAGCAGCUAUAUGCCACUGGAAGAUGAAGCGGGUGAAGGAGUGCUGCUGUCCUGUAAUACCUAGUCCUAGUAAGAGCAAAGUGCUGUCAUUCAAAGACUUUAAGAUUGAUUCUGAGAAAGUGCUGAAGAUAAAUGACUGCCUUCCUGACAUGCUAGCCAUUGACAGUAAUGCUGAAGCUCAGAAAUUGCAUCCUGUUACCUGGAGCCCAUUAUCUUCAACACCAACUGAAGAUAAGAUUGAUGGUCACAUUUCUUCCUGGAUUUACCCUAGUGAAAACGUAGUGAGAAACUUUCCACCCACAGCUACACCUCAAACUCAUACUUGUUUUGAGAAUUUUGCUUAUUCUUCUCCACUUAAGACUGAAUCUGAUCCCUACCAAAUAUCGAAGACACUGGAAGCAGGCAAGACAAAUCAGGCAGUGGUGCUGUACCAGCCUCAAUGCUAUUUAGAUAUUUUUCAUGAGGAUGCAGCCUCAACCACCAGAGAAACAGCUGAGAGAAAGAACAGUCUGAAAUACAUCUCACGAACAGAUGCACGCUGUCUGGGGGGGAGUCUUUGAAGUUCUGUCCUCCAGUGAGUCCAUCCAGUGUUUGGCUAUAUACUAUAAAUGAGAAUUUCUAAAACCACAACUUCUUUUGAUUAGGUCUCUCACAAACCCAGCUGCCUGAUUUCCAUUAAUAUGGCAAAGCUGUUGUUUCUGGACUAGUUUUGAGUACUGUUUUACACAGGAAUUAUGUGUUCUAUGGUUCCAUUACAACUUACGGGCAUUAUAUGAGAUUUAUAGGCUGUUUUGUGGCCUGUAUUAUGCAGGAAGUUACAUCACAGCAAUCUGUCAUGGGCUCAUGCAGAGAACUGCUUUAUUUUGCAGAGAUUAAAACUUUAUUUGUAAAGUAGAGGAGCAAAUGAAACAAGGGGGAAGGCUGUGCUACUCAAGGAGCGUGUUUCUCUUGCGGUGUUCUGUGUGCUGUGGCCACCCCAGCCAAUGGGUACUGUGCUGCUGAGGAUGGAGCAUUGCCCAGCCCAGUCAUUUUAGGGGCUGGGUUGUAUUUUCUCUCUCUCAAAUGAUUUCAGGAAUCAUUGUAGAAGCAUUCCCUGCACACACUGUGGCUCAUUCCUAGAAGAUUUGAGUGCUGCCCAGAGCACCCAAAUCCAGUGAUCAUCCUGUUUUUACUUCACCCGUGUCCUAACUACACUUGACGUGUGAAAGAGCACAGAAACCUAUUUUUAUAGGGAAGACCCCACUUCCAUUUCUUUUAGCUGGGGCUCCUCACACUUCUGCCUUCUCUGCCUAAAGACCCUUCAAAGUAGUCUUAACUACUUAUUGAAGAGAUGUAGGGAGUUAGGUGGGAAGGAGUUAAUUUUCCAGAAGGAUAGAGGUGGUACCACGUGGCAUCCAUCUUCUGCUUGCGUGCAUGAACUGAACUCUAGGCAUUGACCCCUGUACUUCCAUAGGAAGCCCCAACCAACCAGCCAACCAACCAGCCAACCAACCAACCAGUCAACCAACCAGCCAACCAGUCAACCAGAGAGGCUGGUCAGAAGCACAGGUAUAUGAAUCCCAUUUGUUAAGAACAUCAUCAGGCUGCAUACAUCUAUAUCUCUCAGCACUGUUUUAAAGUGUGUUAAAAAAAACAAAACAAAACAGAAAUCCCUACAGUAGGCAGCAGUGAAUUUGGCCUUUCAUUUUGAUUUUAGGAAAGCAUACAUUUGUAAUGAAGCAGUACAGUUGGAAUUGUAGCUGAAAAUCUCAUCAGAUUUACCUCAGUGGAUAAGGAGCCCUUUGGUUUGGCUCUUUAUGGUGAUUGGAAUCUGUCACAGAGAUGGUUUCAACUUAAGAGCACAGCAUAAGCGAUUCUCAAAGGCAGAAAAGAUGGUGUCUGACAAUUUAAUGUUCAGCUAGUUUGCUAAAAUGCAGUUACUUGACUUCCCAGUGUGUAACUAGCUAAACAGACUCCUAGAAACCAAACAGCUGCAGACAAAGUGAGAGAAUUCUGAUACUGAACCACAUCUAGUUUUUCUACUAUUGCUUACAGAUAGUUGUAAUGUCACAAGCUGUGUUGCAACAGGAAAACCACUAAGACCUUUUACAGCCUGUGGGCUGAGGCAAGCACUGACUGCAAACAGAGGGGAGAAGUUUUCAGCCAUGAAAAAGGGAGGUACAGACACAGGUGGGCAGAUCUGUCUGGAGGUGUUCAGUCCAUGCCAUUCAAUGCCCAUCUGUGUGCUGUGCGUUGGUGCAGGUGGCUCACAGACUUGAGAAGCAGAGAAGAGUUUGCAGCAUGGUCCUUCCUUUCAGCCUCCAGACAGCUGAGUAAGGGAACAGCUGGGCAUGUUCUGCUGGAGGGCAAGGGAAUGGGGAGGAUAAGGGAGAAGGUUGAUGCUAUUUGCUGGAUACAUCCCAGGGAAACAUCCUCCCUUUAUCUUAACCUCUUCUUUGAGUAACAAUGCAUAUGAAAGCUGGCUUCUCCAGAGUGCUUCAACACAUUGUAGGUACUUGUGUAGCUUAAAAGCUUUACUGCUGGAAAAAAGGCCAAUAAACAUAUGGGAGCUGCAUUGUCACAACUGAUACAAAACUUCUGAGCUGUACAUUUCAGAAAAAUGUGUAUUUAUUCUAUAAUGUUGAAAAGGUAUUCUACAUAAGAGUCACGUACUAAGGAAUUCAUACAUAGUUGUCAAAGAAACCAGAGUUAUCACAACAAAGCAUUUUAAAUUUUGACAUUGCUGCAGUUCCUCCUGCCAGGGGGACAGCUCCAACCAGGCACAACUCCCUGCUUUGAAAAGGCUGCUAUCACUGAGACCUGUCUGCAGCAAUUCCACUCAGGAAGUGAAUGAAGGGGUUUGUGGGUUCAGCCACUUGUGCCUUCCUGAUGGUGGGGUGAGACACAUGGGCCUGGCUGAGUUCCCACCUCUCAGUUCCCUGGUUGCUCCUGCUCCGAUGAAAUUCCAUUAUCUGGAUGCAGAUCCAGACUGCUGGGUGAGGGAAGGAGAAGAAAGAAAGGCUCCUCUUUCCCUAUAAACCCUUCUGCUUCCUGGCUCAGAUGGGUGGUGCUUUGUGAAACCUCUUGUGCAUAAAAAGCACACAAAUGGAGGAUUCCAGGAAGGAUAAUGCCUCUGUGACAGUCAAAGGGCACAGUCUGGGCACCAGAACUGAAGAUUAGAGAAGUAUUUUGGCAUAUAUCGAGAAGUGUGUAUAAUUUUUAUAUAUUAAAACAUCUGUCUUGCAUUAAUGGUUGAAUGAUUCCAAACUGUAAUCCUUUUUUUUUUCUUGUUCAUAAUGCAACUUUCACAGCUGUUGUUGAAAUGCCAAUACUUAAACCAUCACAUAAAAGAAAAUCAUUCUCAGUAUGUUAAAUUCUUAAAAUAAUAAAAAUGGUGUGUAAACUAUUAAAGAGUCUCUGUAUCUUAUAAAGCAUUAAUGUAAAAUAUAUUUUUGAUAAAAAAAAUUAUUUGGGAAGCUUCUGA